AUGGAGAAGAUCAUUAAGAAGGCCUUGGUGCAGUUCCUCGAGCAGCACCAUCUCCUUUCUGAUGCCCAACACGGCUUUCGAAGUGGUAGGUCCUGCCUCACGUAUCUGCUUUUUAUGCCUGAACGCUGGACCAAAGCACGUGAUGAAGGCAAUGUGGUGCACGCCAUCUACAUCGACUUCAAAAAGGCUUUCGACAGCGUUCCUCACCAACGUCUCUUGUACAAACUGCGCAACGCUGGAAUUCGUGGACGCCUUCUUGUAUGGAUCCAGAGCUGUUUGGCUGGACGGUCCCCAAGAGUGCAGGUCGGGCGUCAACAGUCCUCAGAUGUAAGCGUGGUGAGUGGCGUCCCACGGGGCUCAAUCUUAGGUCCCACGUUAUUUCUCGUUUUCAUAAAUGACUGCGUCAAGGACCUAGACUGUGAUGCCAUCCUGUUUGCCGACGACAUAAAAUUGUGGAAAGUUAUUCACAAUGCGGCAGAUACAGACCACAGGCUCGAAGACUGGUCGAAGCGCUGGCUUAUGCCCUUCAAUAUAAGCAAGUGUAACUUUCUUCAACUCGGCGGCUUCAAAUCCUCCAGCACCAGGACCUACUUUCUACACGGCACACCACUGCAACAGGUUGACAGUCAGAAGGACCUGGGUGUAUGA